ACUAGUUUUAAAGAUAGUUUCCAACAUUUGCCACUACUCGUGAUUUAACAUAUCUUGUCCCUACGUGUGAUCCAUAUAGCAUAGCACCUAUAAUUUGCUUGUGCCUAAUUGGAUUAUCAAGCUUCUUAACUCAAAACCAUAUUACUAUAUGAUUUAUUGGAAACACAUAGUACACUAAGAAAUCAUGAAUCACAUGACCAUGAUGUUUCUCUAGUUAGUAUAUAUAAUACUAUAUAGUUCGAUAUAUACUAAGGUUGCAUUGAUUUUAGUGAAGAUUCUCAUAUAUUCUACCCUCAAAAUAUAUUUGUAUAUAUCUUUAUUGUGAUCUCUCAUUGGACAGAGAAAUUGUGGCUAACAGUGUCAGUGUGUGUGGAUUCUGAGCAGUGAUUAAGAUGGAGCUGAAAUCUUUCUCUUCCAAUUCUCUGUCCACAUUUGAAGUUGGAAAAUUUUCAUCCACUUUGUUCUCAAAUUUUAGGCACAAAUUUGGAGUUAGAUACUCUACACAAUUCAAGUUCCAUAGAGGGUUGUUUCUUAAGACUUAUAGUGCCUCAGAUGAUUCUUGUUUGACAGAUAAAGCUGUCAUAUAUUCAGUUGGUUCAGAUGAUUUUGAAGCUAAAACCAAUUCUUAUUGUAUUAAUGGAAUGAAUGGUUCAACUUCAAGCUUGUAUUAUAGAAAUCUUAUACUUGAUGCUUUUGAUGAUGAGUAUGGAGGGGUUUUAAUUGAUCCAAAUAGGUUACCACAUAAUACAUAUGCCUUUGCAUCCAUGCUUUGUUUAUCUCUUUCUCACUGGAAGAAAAAGGGAAAGAAAGGAGUUUGGCUUAAGUUGCCUUUAGAACAAUCUGAUCUUGUUCCAAUUGCUGUCAAGGAAGGGUUCCAAUACCACCAUGCAGAGCCAGGAUAUGUGAUGUUAACAUACUGGAUUCCUGAUGGACCUUGCAUGCUUCCAGCAAAUGCAUCACAUCAAGUAGGAAUUGGAGGAUUUGUCAUCAAUGACAACAAUGAAGUGCUUGUGGUGCAAGAGAAACAUUGUUCUCCUGCAACUCUUGGCCUUUGGAAAAUACCAACUGGUUUCAUUCAUGAGGCAGAGGAGAUAUACACAGGAGCUGUAAGAGAAGUGAAGGAAGAAACUGGGAUUGAUACAGAGUUUAUUGAAGUGAUAGCAUUCAGGCAUGUACACAAUGUGGCCUUUGAGAAAUCAGAUUUGUUCUUCAUAUGUAUGCUAAGACCACUGUCAUCUAAGAUCACAGUGGAUGAUCUUGAAAUUGAAGCAGCAAAAUGGAUGCCACUGGUUGAGUUUGUAGAGCAACCACUUAUACAAGAAGAUUCCAUGUUCAAGAAGAUUGUAGAUAUCUUCAUUGCUCGUCUUGGAAAACGUUAUUGUGGCCUAUCAACUCAUCAAGUAGUUUCCAAGUUUGAUGGCAAAAUUUCUUCUCUAUAUUACAAUGUCAUUGAAGAUGAUAACUGUGUUGGAAAAUAAUUAAGACUCUAAAAUCUGAAAACUGAGCUAACCACAACAUAUAUAUCCGGUAGAAUAUGUAACAUAUAAUUAUGUGUAGUUUUAUUUCCAAAUGUAUAUAAAUGUUAAUGUUAAUAUCAAUAACAUGAGGGAACAUUGCACAUGUUCCACAUUGGCAGA